CCCUGUCCCCCCUCGGCCGCCGUCGGCGCCGCGGCGCGCGCGGGGGGCGGGGCCGGCGGGUAGGGAAGAUGGCGGAGGCGUCGCCGCAGCCGGGCCGGUUCUUCUGCCACUGCUGCUCGGCCGAGAUCGCCCCGCGCCUGCCCGACUACAUCUGCCCACGGUGUGAGUCUGGUUUUAUUGAAGAGCUUCCUGAGGAGCCAAGGAAUGCUGACAAUGAGACCAGCUCCUCCACAUCAGCCACUGAUCAGAGCAGGCAUCCUUUUGAGAACGUGGAUCAGCACUUGUUCACCUUGCCCCCGGGCUAUGGCCAGUUUGCUUUCGGGUUCUUUGACGACAGCUUUGAGUUUCCCUUCGGGUCCAACGUGCAGCAGCCGGAAGACAACCGGGACUCGGAGAACCGGCGGGAGCGCGAGCACCAGUCCCGGCACCGCUACGGCGCCAGGCAGCCCCGCGCCCGCCUGGCCACGCGCCGAGCCUCGGGCAGGCACGAGGGCGUCCCCACGCUGGAAGGAAUUAUCCAGCAGCUGGUCAAUGGAAUUAUUGCACCGACCACAAUUCCAAAUCUAGGCCUGGGCCCUUGGGGAGUCCUGCACUCAAAUCCGAUGGACUACGCCUGGGGUGCCAACGGCCUGGAUGCGAUUAUCACACAGUUACUGAAUCAGUUUGAAAACACUGGACCGCCGCCAGCGGACAAAGAGAAGAUCCAGGCCCUCCCCACCAUACAGAUCACACAGGAGCACGUAGAUUCCGGGUUGGAGUGCCCUGUGUGUAAGGAAGACUACACAGUCGGGGAGAACGUGCGGCAGUUACCGUGCAAUCACCUGUUCCACGACGGCUGCAUCGUCCCGUGGCUGGAGCAGCAUGACACGUGUCCCGUCUGCCGGAAAAGUUUAAGUGGACAAAACACUGCCACAAACCCCCCAGGACUCACAGGGAUGAACUUCUCGUCAUCCUCCUCCUCCUCCUCUUCCUCCAGCUCACCAAGUAAUGAAAACUCAUCGAACAACUCAUGAAUCUUAACGCACCCUCUGUCCCCGGGGCCCUUCCACUGUUCCCCUUCCCUCCCUGGCCACCACGAGCAGCCAAAGGGGCUUCCAGAGCAGAGCGAGGGGAGGGGACGAGGCAGGAGCAGUGCCCCCAGAAUUUCCUUUUGAUUUCUGAAGACACGGAGCCUCUGGGUCCUUCAGAGAUGAGAAGCCUCAAGUUCUGUGAUGAAAAAGGGGGGAAAGAGCUCUGUCUGUCAAUAAAAACAUCCUCUUUGCGUGGACUUUACCCAUUGCAGUGCGAGGCUGCUGCGCUCCCCGGCUGGGAACCCCGAGGUGCUGAGCGAGUGGUUGAAUCCCGAAUGGAAAGGUUGUUUGUAUGGGUUUGAAUUUGAGAUCCCUUUCUUUAAUUUCUUUUGCUCCUCCUCCCCUUGGAUACUAUCUUUUCUGCUUUUGGAGAUUGACGUCCAAAAUGGAAGUAUAAGGAUGCUGCCUCCCCCCAGGAUCACCAUCUUGGGAGGACCAAUAGCUGUCACUGAAACAGGAACUCUCAAGUACACCCUGGGAUCCUUCCCUGUCCCAUCUCGAGUCCCUUUUAUUUCUCUUUAUAACCUCGCCCGCUGAUACUCAACACUGAAAGGGGUUUUUAUAAUCUUAAAUUAUUACUGUUGUCAAUAAAUGGACAUUUCAGCUCUGCGA